AUGAAGACUGUAUUCAUCACAGGUGUCAGCGGCUACAUUGGCGGUGACCUGUUGUCGGUGCUGACCGUCCAGUAUCCGGACUACAAUUACCGCGCGCUCGUACGGAGCGAGAAAAGCAGUGAAUUGAUAAAGGCUCAAUUCCCAGCGGUCGAAAUUGUACAGUCAGAUUUGGACAAUCUGGAAACAUUGCGGAACGAAGGCGCCGGGGCGGAUAUCAUCAUUCCCGAUGCAUCAGAUCAUCUCGAUGCGGCGCAGGCGAUUGUUCGGGGUGCUUUGGAGGGCCAUGAUGAAGAACAUCCUGUGUAUUACCUGCAUACGAGCGGAACUGGGAUUCUCUCGUUUCUCGAUACGGAAAAUGGAGUGUAUGGAGAGAGGCGGGACAAGCUCUAUAAUGACCUAGAGGGUGUUCAAGAGAUCCUCAGUUUCCCCGAUCAUGCAUUUCAUCGGAACGUGGACAAGUUCGUCCUUGGAGCUGGUGCGGAACAGUUGAAGGUCUUGAAGACCGCAAUCGUUUCUCCGACUACUGUUUAUGGUCGCGGUCGUGGUGUCUGCUCGCAGCGCAGCCGACAAAUAUACGAAAUGUCCAAAUAUACACUGCAAACCAGAAAAAUCCCUAUCAUCGGCCGUGGAUUGUCAAUCGGCGGCAAUAUCCAUGUUGCCGACGUGACCAGUCUGUUCGUCCUCCUCUUCGAGCGCGCCCACCGCGGCGACGAAAACAAUAAACUCUGGGGAGGCGAAGCAUACUAUAUAGCCGCGAAUAGCGAGCACUGUUGGGGAGAUGUAGCCAGGCUGGUUGGAAAAGUCGCUGUAGAUGAAGGAUUUAUCCCAUCUGCUGAGGUACAGUCUUUGGAUGUUGACACUGCGCGUCAGUUGGCAGGUUUUGAGACUGUGAGUUGGGGGUUGAAUAUGCGGUCUCGUGCGAAGAGGGCGAGGGAGUACUUGGGUUGGGAGGCUAGUGGGCCUUCGCUCCAGGAUGAAAUUCCGGGAAUUGUUAGGGAGGAAUGGCAGCGACUGCAGGAGUAG